GGCGGCGGCGCCGGCAGCGGAGAGGGUGGGGGAGGUUCCGGGUACUCCGCUGCCACUUCUGUGGCGCCAGCGCUGGUGCGGCCGGUGCUGGUCGGGGCGGAGAAAGCGGAGCAGCCCCGCCUGGCAAGAGGCCGCCAGACAACUGUGAGACGAACCCCCAGCGCGGGCGGGUCGGAGGGAAGGUGGCGAAGCCCAAGGUAUAGAAUUCUCAGAUGAUGAUUACUCUCUUCGAGCACAUUGAGGCCAUUUGACCAUCUUUUGGCUUAAAAUCAUUGAGAGGUCGUGCUCUGACCACAGCUGCCCCUCAGGGAACUGGCCUGGAGCCAAAGUCAGGUCAUCAGUAUGCUUGUCAAGGGUGGAGCCUCAGCGACUUGCCACUUUUCCUCAUGAGCCCCGGCUGGGUGUCCACCUGGCACUCGCACAGCCACGUCUCUUCCUCCCAGAGCAGCCCAACCCGGAGGCCUGGGCGUCAGAGAGAGCUCCAGGAGAGCUCAGUCCCGUGUGCCACCUCCCCAACCCCAGGCGUGGAAGUGGAUGCGAGGCUUCCUUCUGGUUCUGCAAAAACUUGAAGAAAUUGACAAACGUGGAUGGCUACCCCUGACAGAAGAGUGGUCUCUAGACCCCGGAGAGCUGGCCAGGGUCCUAAGGAGAGGGGCGCCCAUCUGGGUCCCCUGGACAACCUGGAGCAUAAAGAGACCCAGAAGCUGGCGCCGGGAGAGCUGGCCAUGCUGAGCAAGGCACAGGAAUUCUUUCAGACCUGUGACACAGAAGGCAAGGGCUUCAUCGCCAGGAGGGAUAUGCAGAGGCUCCAUGAGGAGUUACCACUCAGCCUGGAGGAACUGGAGGAUGUGUUUGAUGCCCUGGAUGCUGAUGGCAAUGGCUUUCUGACGCCAGAGGAGUUCACCACUGGAUUUAGCCGCUUCUUCUUCAGCCAGAAUGAGCCAGAUCAGGAAGAUGCAGGUGAACAGGGGAAGCGGCUCCAGGAAGAGAAGGUGUAUCAGUCCAGAGGGGAAGAGCAUGAGCGCGGCAUGGAUGAAGAUGAGGAGACCCAGUUCCAAACACUGAUGGACAAACUUGGAGCACAGAAGGUUUCUGAGGAUGAAAGUGACAUCAAGCAAGUCUGGCUGCAGCUGAAGAAGGAGGAGCCUCACUUACUGUCCAGCUUCGAGGACUUCCUGACCAGGACCUUCUCUCAGCUCCAGGAAGCUCAUGAGGAGAAGAACGAACUGGAGUGCGCCCUGAAAAAGAAAACUGCUGCUUAUGAUGAAGAAAUCCAGCAUCUCUAUGAGGAAAUGGAACAACAAAUCAAACAUGAGAAGGAGCAGUUUCUCCUGAAAGACAUGGAGAGGUUUCAGGCCCGCAGUCAGGAGCUGGAGCAGAAGCUGUUAUCCAAGGAGCAGGAGCUGGAGCAGCUUAUCCAGAAGCAGAAGCAGCUGGAAGGCCAGUGCACCACCCUGCAGAAUGAUGAGCAUGAAACCAAGGUUGAGAACACCAAGCUGAAAGUCACGAACCAGGAGCUAGCCCAGGAGCUGGAGCGGACCUCCCGGGAGCUACAGGAUGCCCGGGAGCAGCUGGAGAGCCUCCAGCAAGAGGCCCACCAACUCCACCAGGAGAAAGAGAUGGAAGUGUACCGCGUGACUGAGAGUCUGCAGCGCGAGAAGUCGGGGCUCAUGAAGCAGCUGGAUCUCCUCAGGGAAAGGAACAAGCACCUUCGGGAUGAACGAGACAUAUGUUUUCAGAAAGAUAAGGCAGCCAAGGCAAACACAGCUGCUUCCAAGGCAAACUGGAAACAGAGAUCUGGCUCUGUGAUAGGCAAAUAUAUGGACAGCAGAGGGAUUCUUAGGAGCCAGUCAGAAGAGGAAGAUGAUGUGUUUGGCUUCUCAAGAAGGAGAAGCUCCCUGGGCCUGAGUGGAUAUCCCCUUCCAGGAGAGGAGCCAGGUCCUGGGGGUCCGCUCCCCCGGGAACUCCGCAGAAUCAUCUCUAUUGAAGAAGACCCCCUGCCCCAGCUCUUGGAUGGUGGCUUGGAGCAGCCACUGAGCAAAUGCCUAGAAGAGGAAGAGGCCUCCCAGCAGAGGGCAGAAGGACGAAGCCAACAGGUCACACCUUUGGAACUCAUGCCUACAUCUCCCCGAGGGCAGCCUGUUGGAAAAGAAGACCUAUCUAAGGAGGAAGCCUCUCCCUCCAUCCCAGACCGUCUCUUCAAAAUUGUGUUAGUGGGCAACUCGGCCGUGGGGAAGACAUCCUUCCUGAGGAGGUUCUGCGAGAACCGGUUUGCCCCGGGCCUGGCAGCCACCGUGGGCAUCGAUUAUCAGGUGAAGAUGGUGCACGUGGAUGACUCGUACGUGGCCCUGCAGCUGUGGGACACGGCCGGGCAGGAGAGGUAUCACUGUAUCACCCAGCAGUUCUUCAGGAAGGCCGACGGGGUCAUCGUCAUGUAUGAUCUCACAGCCAGACAGUCGUUCCUGUCAGUCCGGCAGUGGCUGAACAGCGUGGAGGAAGCUGUGGGAGACCGCAUUCCUGUUCUUCUGCUGGGCAAUAAAAUUGACAAUGAGAAAGAGCGGGAAGUUCCCCGAGGUCUUGGAGAGAAGCUUGCCAAGGAGAACAAUCUGAUCUUCUAUGAAUGCAGUGCCUAUUCUGGUCACAACACCAAAGAGUCCCUGCUCCAUCUAGCCAGGAUCCUCAAGAAACAAGAAGAUACAGCAAGGGAGGACACGAUACAGGUUGACCGCUCUGCCAAAAAGAAAUCCUGCUGUGGCUGAUAGGAGUCUCCUAGGACUGUUCCACCCAGGCCUGGGGAUAGGAACCACCUUGAAUCCUGCACAUGGAUGCCUGCACCAUAAUCUGCCCAAACCUUUGUCUUUGUCAGUAACUUGCCUCCACCAACAGGAAGGGAAGCACCCCCAGUCAGGAAAGCUGCUCUUGGAGCAUUUUGAAAUCUUCUCUCUCUCCUCACUCUAGACCCCAGAUGCUCAUCCCCCACUUCCCGCUUGGUUUUGUGGGGAAAAGAAACAGAUGGUCUCUUCCAGAAAAAUCACCACAUGCCUUCACCACCUCCCUUCUGCUCCCCUUGCCCUUCGGAGCUGCAGCACUGUGGUUGCCAUGGCGACUGUGCAGGGCAGACUUGCUGCUUCCUGUAGGCCAAAGAUAUAACACUUGGGCAGGGAGGGCCAGGAUGGUUGGUCUUCCUUUGGCUCCUCGGGACAUCAAUGGGACAUUCUUGGCAUAUGCUUCAUGGACCUUGAGAUGCCCACACGGUACUGAGAAAAGCAGGCCAGGCAUCCACAUUGUAUUCCACACCUCACCUCCCAGGGCCCUACUCCCUGCUGGGCUGCAGAAUCCCACCUCUCAGCAGCCAGCAUGUCUACUGUAUUUGCCCCCUGAGGUCUCUGGAACAGUGCCUUACAAGAAACUCACAACCUUUCCUCUCAACCAGCCCCCCACGACCCUGACUCCCAAGUGGACUGUGGGUGAUAGACGUGUGCCCAGGCUUAGGGAGAGGGCUCACUUCCUACUUAACUUUCACUAAGAGAUGAAAAGAAAACUAGGGGGAAAAACCCAUCUGCUGCGAAACACAGCGACCAUUUCUGGAGUAUAAAUAAGGUAUACAUAGCUCUGUGAAAGCCAUUUUCCAAUGUUUCUCAAAAUAGCUCCUUGAAAAAUUGCAUAUGAUGAUUAAUGGGGUAGAUUGACAUGCAGGCAGUGAGGCCCAGCACCAGGUCCACACUUACUGACUUCAUUUUAUUUUAUUUUAUUUUUCAGAGGACUGUAUUUAAAAAAAAGAAAGUGUGGUUGUGGGAUUGACAUAUAGCUGGGGUUUGAGAAGUAAGCAUAGCGUAGCUAUGGGCUUCAGCAUCCCUGUGACUCUACCAGCACAGGGCGCUCACAUUAAGGGGGUGACCUGGGCCCGUGUGUGGUUCCUUUGGCUGGGUAGUGGUGAGUGCCCAGCCUCAGCAGUGCUCGGCAUCACUGGGGCAGGGGAUGCUGGUAAGGGCAUUGUUGCCCUGGGUGGGGAGCUUGGAUGAAAAGAUCAUAAAGAUCACUGCCUAUUACCGCUCUAGGCCUGCAGGCCCAACCCCACAGGGAAGUGAGUGGUAUCCACACCCAAGCAGGAUGUGGAAGAAGGCAGAGGAGCAGAAAAUAUCCAUAGACCUCCAAGAAGAUUCAAGAGAACUGUUUACAGCCAGCCAGGCAGAAGAGAAUCUUCUGGUCAGAGUUCCCUGUAGUCUCCUCCCCAGGCUCCUAAAAGCAUCAGGGCCCCAUGGGUCACAGCAAGUGCCUGCCUCUUUUUUGCAGACUUUUCUCUCCCCCCAUUUAGUGCUUGGAGACACCAGGGAGCCCAAGGAGAGAGUGGAACAAAAGCCAACACGGAGUACCAAGAGGGGCCCCAUGGCCUUGGGCAAGUCAGCUCCCUGCCUGGACCCCCUUCUCAUGAGUAAAAUGAAGGGUGGCUAUUUGAUGCUUCUGGCUUCUCCUACUCAGAGUGCUUAGGAUGACACCUUCAUUUUCCAACUUCGGCGGGCUCUGGCGCCUAGUCCAAAUUUGAAAGGAACUCACAGAAAACUCCUUUCCCUAAGAGAAGGCACUGGUGAUGGUCUUAUUAGUGGAAUGCAGGGGAUAACCCAGAAGUGGCCCUCCAAUAUCUGUGUGGGUGUGUGUUGCUGUGUGAUUAUGUAUUUGCGGGAGAGUGUGCAGACAGAGGGUAAGGAUAGCCAUAAAGAAAGCAAGCCAACUCUCCUGCUUCUGAAAACAAAAAAAGCAGAGAUGGCAGUUGGAACUUAUGGGGCAAGCAGGCUACACCUGGAGUUCCCCAAGCCCACAGAUGCCUUUAUCCCCUAUACCUAGUCCAUGGUUUGGGGCUGCAUUUUUCCAUUUUGGAAAAGUGCAUCUAAGGGUUAGAGCAGAGUGGAGUGAUCCUAGUGCCCGACCCUCCAGCAUGUGAGGUAAAUCCCCACAAAUCCUCAGGGUCCAGGCAGAGAAGGGAGUAGGAAGGGUCUUUAGGUUCCUACUGCUUCUUUUUCCAACUCCACUUGAGACAAGUAUGUGGGGUGGGACCUCAGAGAGACUCUAAGAAGUUCUGUGUCCAUGUUCCCAGACUAGAGCUUCCCCCACACCAUUCCUUUUAAGCUAUCCUGGUGAUCAAAGCCUCCCUCAGUGGCUGUGAGCCUGUCCCAGGACCUGACAGAGUGCUGUCAGGGACACCUCUGGCUCCAUCCCAUUUAUAUUGCGAUCAUGGUCUUGACGAAGUCACCUGAACAGGUUUCAUGUUUACCUGUAGGUUAGAGGUUUCAAUGUCUACCUCCCACAGGCAUUUUAAGUAUUAAAUGAGGCAAUGAAUGUGAAAUGCGUAGCACAGUGCCCAGCACAUAAUAGGUACUAACAAGUAUGGCCUAUUAUUGUUGCCAACAUUGAGUCACUGCCCAGACCACUGCCCAGACCAUCACCACCCUUGCCCUAAUUUCGAUUUAGUGUUUGCUCAGCUAACACUAAGCAUCUACCCAUAAGUGGGUGCUUUCACAAAUACUACCUCGUUUGAGUAUCCAAUUGCCCAGCUCAUUUGCCUGGCUAUGAGCUUGUGUUCAGCAUUGCCUCGUGGCACUGCUCUCCUUUGUUCCUGUGGGUUUCCUGGCUUUCCAAUCAGUACCCAUAUCUUACCAGUGUCUGUGAUCUGGUUUUAGCCCACAGUCCACUCUGCUUCCCUGACCUGGUUCUCCAAGACUCAGACAGCAGCUCAGACCUGGUGCCAAGGUGUUUACCUAAGAAUGAUCUGUGCUAUCACAAUCCUUGGCACCACAUUUUCUCCCCUGUUCUGACUCCUUAUGCUGCCUCUGGCAUCUGCUGCUGCCCUCAGCCCCAAGUUGCCAAACCAAGAGCUUCAGCACCAAACCAAAGCCCCAGUUAUUUUUCUGCUUAUCUAGCAUUUCUCUUUCCUGACAGUCUCUUUGGUACACUAUCCUCUGUGAUACACUAGGUUUUUUCCAUCUCUCGCCAUCCUGUACUUUUUCCUCUGUUCUUAACACUUUCACCCAAUCUUGGACUCCCCUUUACCAUACUCUCCCAACCCUGCGCCCACUCCAGGCCAUACCUAUAUGUUCCAUCCAAAAUAGCUCAACCUUUUGUCUCUGUCACUAGCAGUCAAUGCUCUAAAGGAUCUUAAACCAAUUUCAGCUAAAGUAUUAAUGCAAUUGGUGGUUUAAGGGUUAAGUAUAGACUUUAACAAAAAUAUAAAAGAGACAAAAUGUUAGCUCAAGGGAAUAAAUUCCUAGUGGUCUUAGGGGUCAAAAAUUUAGGAUAGGAUUGCCUUCUCCUAACACAGUUUGCUUCAACCUAUUUCUACGUUCCUAUGUAUUUAUAAUUGUUAUACCUUUUUAAUGAAUUGACCUUUGUUAUUAUAAGGUGUCCUUCUUGCCUUUAGUAACAAUUUUUCUCUUAGAGUCUAUUUUGUCUGAUAUUAGUACAGACAUACCAGCUCUCACUUUCUGCCUGUUUAUGGUGUUAAAUCUAAACUAAGUCUCUUGUAAACAGCAUAUAGCUGGAUUGUGGUUUGGGUGGGGGGGGAUUGUGUUUUGUUUUUGUUUUUAUUUUUUAUUUUAGAAAGAGAGAGAGAGCACGUGAGUUGGGGGAGAGAA